UAAUAAAACGAAAAUAAUUUAUUUCUAUAAAAUUUUGUUUUACUUUCGAAACCUAACUGUUGAUUCUCUUUUAGCUAUCUUGAUUGGUUCUAACCUAGGGACUUAGACUUUCUAAUAAUACCGAUAAUAAUUACAAUUGGUUCCUUUCAGAAAGCUAUUUAAAAAAUUUCGUAUAGGUAUAUCGUUUAUGUGCGACAGCCAUCACUUUUCAGUUUACCACAUGGGUGAAACGUGCUCGAAUAUUGUGUUAUAUUGAUAUAAACAUUUAGUUUAUUAAAUAUGUCAAUACCUGAUAAAGUGUUGAUGCGAAAAAUUAAGAAGAAAGAAAAAAAAAAGUUUGAAGUACUGAAAGAACGAGAAAAACAAAUACAAAAUGAUGAAACCAUAAUUGAGGAUAUAGAAAAUGACAGUCAAGAAAAUGAUACAGUAAAUGGACUAAAACGACAUCAUAUAGAAAAAAAUAUGUCAGUAAAAAAUAUUAAAAGAAAUAGUUUGCGAAAAUACAUUGAAAGGAAUAGAAGACAUGGGUUUUACAAAUAUGACGGAAAUACAAGCAAAAGCUAUUCCUCCUUUAUUAGAAGGAAGAGAUUUAGUUGGUUCUGCAAAAACUGGAUCUGGGAAAACUUUAGCAUUUUUAAUACCAGCUAUUGAAUUAAUUUAUAAAUUAAAAUUUAUGCCUCGUAAUGGUACUGGUUGUAUUAUUAUAUCUCCAACACGAGAAUUAUCUAUGCAAACUUUUGGAGUUCUAAAAGAAUUAAUGAAAUAUCAUUACCAUACAUAUGGUUUAUUGAUGGGAGGUGCUAAUAGACAAACUGAGGCUCAAAAACUUGCAAAAGGAAUUAAUAUUAUCGUAGCUACACCUGGUAGAUUAUUGGAUCAUCUACAAAAUACAGCAGACUUUUUGUAUAAAAAUCUUCAGUGUCUAAUAAUUGAUGAAGCUGAUCGUAUUUUAGACAUUGGUUUUGAAGAAGAACUUAAGCAAAUUAUUAACAUUUUACCAAAAAAAAGACAAACAAUGUUGUUUAGUGCAACACAAACCAAAAAAACAGAAAUGUUGACAACUUUGGCUUUAAAAAAAGAACCAGUUUAUGUUGGUGUUGAUGAUGAUAAAGAAAAGGCAACAGUGGAAGGUUUAGAACAAGGUUAUGUUGUAUGCCCCAGUGAAAAGAGAUUUUUACUUUUAUUUACUUUCUUGAAGAAGAAUAGAAAGAAAAAAGUUAUGGUUUUCUUCAGUUCAUGCAUGUCAGUCAAAUACCAUCACGAACUUUUAAAUUACAUUGAUUUACCAGUAUUAAGUAUACAUGGAAAACAAAAACAGGCUAAGAGAACAACAACAUUUUUCCAAUUUUGCAAUGCAUCUUCUGGUAUACUCCUCUGUACUGAUGUAGCUGCACGUGGUCUUGAUAUACCAGCUGUUGAUUGGAUUGUACAAUAUGAUCCUCCAGAUGAUCCUAAAGAAUAUAUUCAUCGUGUUGGUAGAACAGCUCGAGGAGAAGGUAGUAGUGGUCAUGCUUUAUUAAUUUUAAGGCCAGAAGAACUUGGUUUUCUUCGUUAUCUUAAACAGGCUAGAGUACCUGUGAACGAAUUUGAUUUUUCAUGGAAUAAAAUUGCUGAUAUUCAAUUACAGCUUGAAAAAUUAGUUUUGAAGAAUUAUUUUUUAAAUAUGUCAGCAAAAGAAGCAUUCAAAGCAUAUGUGAGAGCAUAUGAUUCUCAUCACUUGAAACAAAUUUUUGAUAUUGAAACCUUGGACUUAGCAAAGGUUGCAAAAUCUUUUGGAUUCCUGGUUCCACCAGCUGUAGAUUUGAAAGUGGGAGUAAGUAAAAAUUCACGGCCACGAAAAAGAUUAGGUGGGCAUGGUUACGAUUUUAAAUUUAAAUCACGAUCUAAAUUUUAAGUUUAUUGUUUUAUAUAAAAUAUAAAAUACAGUUUAGCUUUUGAUGAAGAAAUAGUACUGAAUUGAAAAUUAUAUAUUGUACAAAAUGCAAGAUUUGUAUAAAUUCAUAAAGAAAUUAUAAAAUUUAUAAAGAAAACAUAUAUGAAUACUUAUUUUAUGGAAUAAAUGAGAUAUUAUAAUUAUAUAAUUAUAAUUUAUAGCUAUAAUAAAUGGAAACAAGAAAAUUAAUUUAUUUGAGACAAAAUUUGAUUCAUCC